CCGAAGUGGAAAAUUAUCAUUCUAAAGUUGAGCGUUUGUGGGAUUAUCACAGUCGCUGCCGUCCUCGGCAGCUAUUUCGUGCUAAGAGCGUUUCACAAAUUUCGCAACUUGCGAACUGCUUCCAGCAACAUUUUGGUGAGUUUGUCUAUCGCCGACGGCUUACUAGCGAUUCCCAUGAUUCUUGAUAUCAUUCAUUUGUGCCUUAAGUAUAAUGUUGGGCAUUGUUCGCGUAUUCUUAGAGAAGUAAGAGGAACUGUCACCUUGUUCCUCCUUUCGGUCAUUAUUCUUCAUCUUACUUUAAUGAGCUCAGAACGUUUCAUCGCCAUCAGGUUCGCCUUACGAUACCAAGCCAUAGUGACCAAACGCCGAGCACGGAUCGUUUCCAUCGCGAUGUGGCUGUGGGCUCUGGUCAUUGUUAUUGCUCUUCCAUGGACGCUUUAUGGGACAACAGGCCACAAAGAUUACAGAGAAUUUCUCAUAGGGAUGCAUCCAGAUAGUGAUAAAGCCCAAGAGCUCCACAUCAGAUGGCAUCUUGUAUUCACAGCUGCGUCAAUGUUUCUUGUUCCCCUGUUGAUCAUUAUAUGCUCGUACACCUACAUCUUCAUAGUGUCCUACAAGCAGAGACAACGUGUCAGAAAACAGGGCCGCGACUCUCCAGGAAUGCCAACGGUCAAGCACGAAAUGAAAGGCGCCCGAACUCUCGUCAUUGUUGUGGCGCUGUGUCUGCUCAGUAUCAUUCCUAUCCUUGUUGUGACAUCCCUCCGAGUUUUCUGGGGCAAAUUACUCGCAGGCCACCUCCAUCAAAAGUUACUUCAGCAUAUCGUUUAUAAGGUAGCCAUGUUUUUGAACGCUGCAUGCAAUCCUCUUAUCUAUGGAUGGAGAAAUGAGGACUUCAGAAACGCUUUUCGCAGGAUGAUAAAGUGCUGCUAAGCGAGUUUAGCGCAUGAACGCCGUUAGGUAUUGUAGGCCGUAUCCAAGAUUUAAUAUUCUUUUCUUGAAGGCAAAUUGGCUAAGUAUCGGGUAACAGACGAUACCAAAGUCUCUUUUGCAAGCCUCUGAGAACAGCUCAAUUUGGUUUGUACCUUUCCUCUUUUGUCUGCUAAAUUACUAGACUCAAAUAAAGAGCCCUACGCAGGAACUGUAAUAAUAUAGCGGCUCGAAUGUCAGUUGGUCAAAUUCUGUAACGAGUUUCAUUUUGAGCAAAAAAGACUCUGUUCUAUGAAUAAGACCUUUUACAAGUGGCCCAGUGAAGGACAUAAACUGAUAGCUGCGAAUUCGUCAACAUUUAUACUGUCAGCAGAGAAUAGAGGGAUUUUUAACUGAGUGCUGAGACUUGACCAAAAAAAUUAUUGAUACGGGUGAGAAAAACCAACGGCGAUUCCAAUACCCCCAUGCAGACCCAUUUUAACUCUUAAAUGUUGUAAAAGAAAAAGCUGCACAAUUUCAUUCGUGCUUAUGGAGAUAGCUUGGUGAAGAAACAAAAUUUGUCCAUAGAAGUUUAGAAUUAAUUUCAAACAUUCCAGUCUCUUGGUAUCAUGCAAUGAAAUACCAUACCCAAAAACAAACCACAAAAACGUAUAUACCGUUUAGGCACACGAUAGUGAUAGUACCACAGUACGGUUCCAGUAAAAUUACAGUGUUUGUAUGGGGUAAAAGUACGAUCCUAAAAUUUCUACGAAAUACUAAAUAAAGAUCAAUGAAACUCACUCUGCAGUUAGUUGUUGUUGUCCUUAAUGCUCCAACGAAGUUUCGUGAUAAUUUGUUCAAAUUCACUGUAUAUACAAUAAUAAUAUACAAGGUAGGAGACACGAGAUGCCAUCUUCGCCGCCAUGCGCUCAUUCAACUGCAACUUUUUCCACGAAAUCCGAACUACGACAGAAAAUAAACAUGCCAGGAUUGUAAUAAUAGGAUAGCAGCAGAUAUAGAAACCAAUAAAGCUUUCCCAGAUAGAAAAGCGAAUCCCGCAGACUUUGACAAACUCGAAGGAUGUAAUCCAAAAAGGCCGAGAAUAUGUUCGCCGAAGUAGCCGGGCCAGAUCAACGCGCGGCCAAGAAAAUGAGGCGUGGGCACUGUACAAAAAAAAUCCAUCCCGGGUGUCCUGGCUUGACCUUUCUAGGGACCGAUACAUAGCUUUACCGAAGUUAGCCACCCCUGCUGGAAAUACAUUUGCUCGACGGCUAUUGUUCACUUCAGAAAAACACCACUCGCCCAAGCAAACUACAUGUUCCGGUGCAGAAUUGUAUUCAGAGGAACCUGAAGUAGGAUGGAGGAGUACUAAAAUCGCCGGAAAAAAUAGUGGAUUAUGCCAACACUAAUAACGUUGAAUUUAUUGUUGACCCGAUUGUUUUAUUCCAUGGUUGAUUAAUUUACAGCUAUUUGCGAAUACUUAAGUUGAUCAAGUGCAAGUGACUACCAGGGGAGAGUGCAGAUUGGUUCUUUGACAACAAAAUGACAUGACCAUAUUGCUUGCACAGACGAUACAGCAUGUCUCGGCAGAAAAACAGCAUUUUGAUAAAUGAGCAUGCGCUGAACCGUGAAUCUGUCUCUUUAAGGACAGUACAUUUGCAGCAGUUCAAAGCAAUGUAGCGUCCUAAACUAGCUAUGUGAAAGGGGUACCAUUUGUCAGUAGAAGGGUAUACGAAAGGGGUACCUUCUCUGUCAAAAAUAGUACAUGUGAUAAUAAAAGGUUAAGGCGUUUGACUUCAGGGCGGAGCCUCCUCGUAUAAAAAUUAUCAGUCCGCUGACGGACAGCUGGUUGUUAUCAAGAAGGUACUGUCUUUUUCCAAGACGGAUAGAUUUAGCCACGGCUAAAAGCGAAGCGCUCGAUAAUAUUUAUAGUUCAAACCAAAUAUAAAAUGGUGUAAUGCUAAGCGGCGAAGGCAACGCCGGAGAACGGUGAAAACACAACAAUUUGUGCAAUUAGCAAAAAAGCAACUUUGCACGUGCAGCACAAUUUUUCUGUACAUUUCUUUGCCGUUGUUUUGCACGACUACAACGUGAAACUUCUAAAACCUUCCUAGGACCUGUUUACAUGGAGUGGGGGACCCCGGUCUAGUGGGGUUGGUUUCUUUUGUUUUCACGCUCUGGAGGACACAAAACAAAAGAAUCCUACCCCACUAGACCAGGGUCCCCUACUCCAUGUAAACAGGGUCUUAAGGGCCUAUUUACAUGGAGUGGGGGAACCCGGUCUAGUUGGUUUGGUUUUUUUUGUUUUCAAGCUCUGGUGGACACAAAACAAACGAAACUUACCCCACUAAACCGGGGUCCCCCACUCCAUGUAAACAGGGUCUUAGUUACACGUUGUCAUACGUGUUCUCGUUCACUUCUUUUGUUUUUUCACUGCCGCUCAUUUUCACCUUCCAUUGGUGGCCGCUAGCGUUUCUCAUCUUCUCACCUCCGCUACAAUAUUUUCAUGUUGUUCUUCCAAGGAAAAAAUGUCUUCUUUGUUUCUUUGUCUCUUGCUCUAGAUCUCUGUCGCCCUUUUCCUCGUUGAGCUGCGCUGGCCUGCCGCCUACUUUCUCUAACUCUAUAUUCCAAAUUUGUGGACAUCACAAUUAAUCUAAGCUUUUAAUUUGUUCAUGCUUAGAGUGCGUAUAUCGAGUUAUGGAUGCACCCGGGAAGUUUGGAGAGCACGGAAGACUUUUUGGGUGCUCCCCAAACUUCCCAAGUGCAUCCAUAACUCGAUAUACGCACAGCUAAAAGCAUGAGCAAAUUCUUUUAUAACAUAGCUGCCAAAAAAGGUUGCAUUUCGAUUAACUAAAAAUUCUCGUAACGCGAGACACAAUAACAAACGCUUCAGUCUAUUGGCUGAUUACAAACACGCCACAAUGGUCUAGUUUGAAUGAAAAGUCUUUCUGUAAAACUGAGAAAGAAAAUUUGCUUAUUUAUUGAGUUGUUUAUUCGUUAACGAUCAAUGAAAACUAAAAAGAAACAAAGGUAAAAGAGUCUUAAAGUCCACCUAAAGUGAAAAUACUCACAUGUUCGUAAGAAGUCGUGGAGUAUGGUUUGGAUUGGUUUGGAUUUGCUGUAAAGAUGUUUAUGUUUUGCUCGGCGAAAUCCAGAAAACUUGUUUUCCAGCGAAGACGACUGUCCUCCUACGUUAACCUUAUAUUCAUUUACGAACAAUGGCUGGUCAUUACGGCUUCUUGAGAAGACCUGGCAGCAGUUGUUUUGGUGAGUAAUAAAUUUAUGUCUUCUUGUGUAAUUUGUCUUGUCAUUGCAUGAGAAAUUUUCCUGCUUCAGUCGGAUUGCUGGGCGAUAACAAAAGUGUGUAAUUCUUUGUAUCCUGCGUAGCAAGCGUUUCCGUGCUGUUUCGAGAGUCAAAGACCGCGCAACAAAGACCGCGCGAAAAAUGGCCCGAGUAAGCGGGGAGGGGGUGGGGAAGAAAGGAAGGAAAUGCUUGCAGACAAACCCAGGGAAUUUGAAAACCGCCUACUCUGCUUGUCAUGCCUGAGUGCGCAUGGUAAUCUUUGUUUUCUUAACGAUGCUCGACUGGCUUUCAACUCAUGCAAAUUACCACUUGUAAUGUGUAAUGUACACAAGUGAUUCUUAUAGUCUAAAUUUGAAGCGAGCAAUGUCACAUGAAUCAAUCAUUUUCUCACCUUGCGUGCUAAGUCGAAAAAUAAAUUGUUGCUGAUUUAAAAUAGGGGUACGGAGAUAUUCCUUCCCUCUAACGAUUGGUUGUUGUUGUUGUUAGUCGAGGAGAUGAAAUACUGGUGAACAGAGAGGUAGGGCAUCUAAUGAGGACCAAGAGUAUUGACCAUAACGAUCGAGGGGUAUGUUCUGGAAGGGCCAAUCUGGAUAGUCCCUUUUUUGUAUAACACCCUAGCGCACUAAUUUGGACAAAGCUUAUUGGCUAUGACGAUGGAUGGGUAUAUUCUGAAAGGGCCAAUCUGGUUAGCCCCUGUUUGGAUAACACAUUAGCACACUUUUUUGGACCAAGAGUGUUGACCAUGACGAUGGAGAGAUGUGUUCUGGAGGGGCCAAUCCGGAUAGCCCCUAUUUGGUACAACACCUUCGCGCUUUUGAUCACCUAGCAUGUUAAAAAGCGCACUAUAAAUGAAUAAAUUAUUAUUAUUAUUAUUAUUAUUAUUAUUAUUAUUGUGAAAGGUUUGAACCCAGGAGUCAUUUCAAAAGGUUGAGUUUGAUCUUCCGGGUGAACGUAGCCCUGAAUAGGACUGUUGUUGUUGACAGUGACUGACGUUUCGACAACCUGUGCGGUAGUCAUCUUCAGAGUCAAAGUGAGUUGUAUCACGUCAGUUGAUGGUAUUAUACUCGGGUUAUUGAUCUGACUGGUCAAUUAUGUCGCGAUGUUAUUGGUCGUCUGUCAGUUAAGCCGAGAUGUUAUUGGCUAUAAAGACUCGUAAUCAGUGAUUGGUGCGUUUCGAUCCGUCUAUUGUCGCAGUUAAACAGUCGUCUAUUGUUAGUCAAAUUGUUAGUUCUCCAGUUGUUCUCUCGUAGUUAUUUUUGCUUGAUCUCGUCAAUAAGUCGUUUGUACGGCGCUGGGAACUGAUAACCACUUUACGGCGACAGACAGGGAGUAGUAUACAAGAUCAAAUGCUGCGACUGCCAGGCUUCUUACAUUGGUGAAACCGGCAGAAACCUAAGCACGCGACUGACCGAACACAAACGCGCGACGAGGAAUGGUGACGUCAACAAUCACAUUGCUGAGCACCAUUUAAAGACGAAACAUCAAAUUAACUGGGACUCUAUCAACGUCUUACUUUAGAAAGCUGGUUUACUAACUUAGAACAAACGCCACUGAAUCGUAGUCAACAGUUACCAGCGCCGUACAAACGACUUAUUGACGAGAUCAAGCAAAACUAACUACGAGAGAACAACUGGAGAACUAACAAUUUGACUAACAAUAGACGACUGUUCAACUGCGACAAUAGACGGAUCGAAACGCACCAAUCACUGAUUACGAGUCUUCAUAGCCAAUAACAUCACGGCUUAACUGACAGACGACCAAUAACAUCGCGACAUAAUUGACCAAUCAGAUCAAUAACCCGAGUAUAAUACCAUCAACUGACGUGAUACAACUCACUUUGACUCUGAAGAUGACUACCGCACAGGUUGUCGAAACGUCAGUCACUGUCAACAACAACAGUCCUAUUCAGGACUACGUUCACCCGGACGAUCAAACUCAACCUUUUGAUUAUUAUUAUUAUUAUUAUUACACUUUUUUGGGGCCAAAAGUAUUGCGAACCAUCAGAGGAAGGGGUAAAUUCAGGAGGGGCCAAUCUAGAUAGUUUUCAUCUGGUGUAGUAUUUUAGCAGGAUUUAAAUGACCUUCUUGGCCAAUCUGGUUAGUUCCCAUUCGGUAUAUCAACCUUGGCACAACAUGAGGGAUCAUACGAGUAUUGACCAUAAAGAUGGACGAGACCAAUCUGGAAAGCCCUUGUCUGGCAUAACAACACCUUAACAUAUUAUUUGAGAAUUCAUUAUUUUAGACAACCUGGAUGGUGACAGCUCCAAAAAGUUGAAAACAUCCUUACUAUGAUAACUUCUUAAUCUUAAUCAAAACAUACGCGCGUGAUAAAACUUUACAAAUGUUCAAAAAACUUUGGAAACUUCGGAACAACGUCGGGUUAUGUUGGGAAAUCAUUGUUGGGAAGUCAUUGAGUAGGACUUCCGAUAUCUAUUAUAUUAAAAAUAUUUUUAAUUAUUUUGGGUACCUUGCCGGUCGACUUUGCCUUCUUAAUACUCAGCAGUAUAUUUUGGAAAUGCUCUGAAUCCGUUUGCAAGUGCAUUAUAGUUUCUGGGACCUUGCAAGGCAAGUGUCGCGUCUUAUGAGGUUUUUGUUCUGGACUGGGUGUUAAAUAGCAAUAAGAAAUAGAAAAGAGAUAAAUCAAUCAAUCCAUAUGACGGGUAAAAAAGAAAUCUUUAGUGUAAAACCUAAUCAAUGGUUAUUUCAAAUUCUAUGUAUUUUACUAAUACAUUUAAUGUUCGCCCCUCUAAUCUUAGAAAUUUGCCAAUAAUCUAAUCUGAGUAUUUCCAGACUUAAGUUGUGAGAGUUCGCGAAAUGUAACAUCCUCAGCAGGGAAAAAGCUCUUUGUAAGUGGCGCAUUCAGACUAUCAGGUAAAGCGGAACCUGGAUCCGCCACUGCCCUAGUAGUUAUAAUGACCUUUCUUCAUAUAACGUACAAAUCAUUCAUUAGUACUUUGUUGUAGUUAUAAUUUCUUUACAAUUAUUGUAGGCUUAGCCUUUUGUGAGUAGCAUUUUACCACUGCAUAAAUAUUGUUCAAAUUUACCACGGCUCUAGACCAACGUUUUUAACUUAUAACUGGUUAAAUAAAGAUAUGUAAACGAAGUUAAGGCGUUUACUCAUUCUCCCCUUCAUCCUCCUUCGGAUCUUUUCUUGCGUGGGACGUUGUUUAGAACGUCGGGUGCCCAACAAGUUUGCGAGCUAUUGAACAUACAUCAGUUGCCCUAUGUACGUUUUUUUAGAUGUCCUUAGUGAGAAGCUUAGCAACAUUUAAGGAAAGAAUCAACCCCGCUUUUUUUUCAUAAGUUCCCACUUAAUUAACCAAAGACGUCGUUUAAUUGCAAUGGUAAGAGAUGUGCGUUGCGACCAGUAGCUUUGAUUUAUUUGAAGGUGAAAAUACAGUUAAGCAGUGAUCGACCUUUUGUCUUAGUUCUUGGUGUAAGCUUUAAAAUUCCUGAACUUUUCUGGUGCUUUCCGUGAAAUGCGCGCACACAGUGUACAAGGCUCUCAACCUUGUAGACUUUGUUGGGUUCUAUCUACCAGUAACUGUUCGUUUCAGGUGCAAAGGAAAUUGAUAUUAUACUGUACUGUAGAUCCAGAAAAAAUGGCAGUGCCUAAAAAGAAGGAAAGAAAAUAGCGAUAGAGUGAUGUCAAUUUACAUUACGAGAAAACCCUUUUUUUCUUGAUUCUUCGAGCAAAACAGGUGAGGAAAGAAACUUGUCACGCGCGCUUCUCGCUUAUGAAGUGUGCCACCCCACUAACUUAGUAACUCUAAUGGAUAAAUAAGAGACUACUGGUAGUCUUCAUCAGUCAAGUUUAAAGACAUAAGUGAAAAAAAAAAAUAACGGCCGAAAUGUUAUUAGCCAUGUUUGGUCCCCUUGCAUUGACAUGCCGGCCUCUCCGACUUAAAAAAUGCGCCCCCCACAGCCAUGUAUCCAAGGCGAGUCUAAAGUCUAAGUUCUCCGUUACUUCCGUUUUUUUGCAAAGUGCAAUAGCCUUGGCAAUAGGUAUUUCAAAGCGCAAGGAUUUUGACAUUACGCUUUUAGAGCAAAAUAAAUAAGUUUUUGCUACAAAGACUUCAAGCUCGAUUAACGUCCCUGUCACGUUUACCUACUUUAUUCUCACUUAAUGUCGCGAAAAAUUAUGAGCCGUAUUUCGCGAGUAUUUAAUUUCGCGAUUUUUCUGUUCUUUAAUAUGUAAAGGCAACUUUAACCUCAGAACAGUAACAGCAGAAUAAGCAAUUAUCGUAAACAACAAAAAAAAAAGACAAUUAUGAAGAAAACGUCAACCAGCUAAACAUAACAAAGCAUGAGGUUUUCAAUAGUCUAACUAAGUACCCACAAAAUAAAUAGUUACAUAGUAAAUAUCUACACUCUGAUAAACUAAUUGGGAUAACUAAUAAAGCAACAUCUUGAAUUUCGUUAUUUUAUGCGUAUGUAUAUGUCUGGUAUUAAAUUUCGCGAUUUUAAUCUUCGCGAGUAUUAGGAAAAAUCGCGAAAAUAGCGAAAUUUAAUUCUUGCGAGAUUAAAAGGUAGUCUACGGCAAAAUUACUACUUCGAACUCUCAAUGCUUUUAAGAAAGUCGUUUUCUUCUCAUCCUUUUGAUUGACAUGUCAAACAGUGAAGCAAACCUUGUCCAAUAAAAUUAGACGAUCUUGUGUUAAGCGCAAGCAAGUCCGGCCAGUUGGUUUUUGUCUGUGUUAAAAAGGAGAGGCAGCGUGCAAGAAAGCGGGAAAAAAUUUUAAAAAGUGUAUCGAACUAACCACUAACUUGUUUAACUACGAGUAGAAGAAUAGUUUUCAUUUUGUUGUUGUUUGGAUUUUAUGGGCCGCGUGUUUAUUCUGCCCUUUUGCACACAGUUGACAGUUCUUAAACCUAUUACGAUUCAAAUAAAAGUCAGCCGAGCAUAAUUUAGAAAGGAAAAACACAUCGCACGAUCUGCUGGGCUAUAGUAAUUGUAACCAGUUUUGAAGUCUGAAAACACAUCAUGGCCAGCAAUUUGUCUUUUAACCAGGAAAAAUUCGGACUAAACGAAACGCAUUGCCCUGCUCAAAGCCUCAGCCUGGCAAAGGAAAAAGUAAUUAUCAUUUCCGUUAUGAGUAUUCAUCUCAUCUUGACUGUCGCCGCAGUCUUCGGUCGCUAUUUUGUGAUUAGAGCGUUUCACAAAUUUUAUAGUCUUCGAACUGCUUCCAACGUUAUUCUGGUGAGUUUGUCAACCGCUGACGGUUUACUGGCGAUUCCUUUGAUUUUCGGCAUCGUGCAAAUGAGUCUUAGACUGUUAAACGACUCUGAUGCUGAGUGUAGCUCCGGUCCUCUUGGAAAAAUAACCUCAACAUCCAGCUUCUUUCUCAUCUCCGUCAUAAUUCUUCACCUCGCGUUGAUAAGCGUAGAACGUUUAAUCGCCGUGAAGUUCGCCUUAAGAUACCACACCAUAGUGACCAAUCCUCGAGCAUUGAUCGUUGCCUUGGCGAUGUGGUCUUUUGCCGCGACCGUUACGGUUACGAUAACUUUUGCAACGACACUUGUAGCAAACAGUGGAGACAUUGAACGGUUUCGCCAAGCGAUGGAUCCACACUGUAAAAACCCUGAAGAUCCUUUGGAUCACGAUCUUAAUCCGUUAAUGAAAGGGCUUCUCAUCUUUCUAGUAAUGUUUUUGCUAGUCAUCCCCUUGGUAAUCAUUUUGUGUUCAUAUGGCUACAUCUUUAUCGUCUCCUACAAACAAAGGAAAAAUAUAAGAGGACAAAACAACAUUCCAGGAAUGGCUACCGCCAUCAAGCACGAAAUGAAAGGCGCCAGUACUCUUGCUAUUGUUGUAGCUGUCCGCCUUCUCAGUAUCGUCCCACUGAUAAUCAUGACAGGCCUUCGCUUUUUCGGCGAACUUCCCGAACGUUGCGACCCAAAGAGAAAGUUAAUUAAGUUUAUUGUUUUUGACUUAGCAACAGGCUUAAACACCAUCUGUAAUCCUCUUGUCUACGGAUGGAGAAAUGAAAAAUUCAGAACGGAAACUGCUGAAGUGCUCUUA